GAUAUUGGCACUGAGUCACUCGGCGGCGGCAACUUUCAAAUCGACAGCACGGUAUUCGCGUUUAUCCCCCCCCCCCCAAAAAAAAACACGCAUACAAUUGCAAAACCUGAGCGCAACGGAAUAAUGAAGAAUCCGUCCCCGUCUACAGAAAAACUUCAGGAAAUGGAAGUGGCAAUAGCGCCACGGUUUCUGAAUGCUCCCGUCGAUUCAAAUUCACACGGAUAUUCGGAAGAAUCUGUCGAUGCGGCAGAUGGUAAAACAGUAGUGGGUGAAAAGGAAGUCAAAUGUUCUGAACGCGAAUUGAGAGCAACCCACGAUCAGAUCAACAGCGCCGAAGAAAACGUUAUCAUCAGCGUCACAUCCAGGAACUUCCUUGAAAACAUGCAAGAACGAGACUGCUGCGUGACAGCUGGUAAACAACUAUUCCACACAGCUGAGAGUGAUGCAGAAAUGGCGAGAAGGGCCAAGGAGGAGGGAAUUGUCAACAUUGUCUUCCCGGGAACUGUGACUCAGGAAGGCUGUUGCCGUUUUGUCAGCGAAAUCCUAAAGUGUAUUCUGUAUCAGAGGCAACAACUGCCCAUGACCUAUGACCAACUAGUGUAUUCGCAGAAGAAAUGUCAAGACUCAAAAGUGGAUGAAGAUGUUGUUUGUCGAAGGCAGGUGAAUUUGGCAGAUGUAAAUAGGCGUAAGUGUCAAGAGACGCUGCAGGACCUUGAGGAGGUGCUGCAUCAGCUGGAGGUGCUGUUCUGCCUGAGCAAGGUUCCCCAAGUUCUGCUGCUUAUGGGUGGCUCACUCAUCCUCCCCAAAGAGAUAUACGAGAUCAACCUGGAGGCGCUGGUAUUGGCAAGUGGCGAUAACUGCCUACGGGUGUCGUCAUGUUUAAGACAACUCUUCCGCACACUUUUUGUAGCUGACCUUUUGUCCGAUAGUAGACCAGGCCGUUUAAUGCCCACCACAGUCUUGGCACUGGCACACAGGGACUGUGGGGUAGGUUGGUUUCAUCCUAAACUCCAAUUUAAAGUACCAACUUGUGUCAAAAAGCAAGUUAUUGCUCUUUGUACUGACCUGUGCACUUUUGGGAACAAAAGCGCAGACAGCCAUGAAUAUGUGUGGUUUCAAGCACCUACAGCCAUCAAAGGCUUUCGAAACUGACUGCAAAUGUGCUACUUUUUAAAAUCAUGGUUCAAAUUAAUUUAGAAUAUACAGUAUUUUAACAUUUUACCAGCAUAUUUUUAAUGAAACACUGCAACAUUUAUUGGUAUCAAAAUUAAAUUGAUUCAUGCAAGACAGA